UGUCAAUGAGUAUUAUAAAAAUAAUUUCUACAUUACUUUUAAACUGAUCGAACGAUUCAGCUCAUCUUCGAACUUGAUUAACUUAAUUACCUAGAGAAUGAGUGUGAAAAAUUAUUAGGAUAUGAUAAGAGUUGUAAGCGUUAUCGCGAUGACAAGACUCGUUAUAUUCAUAGGGCGCACAGAUAUUUUAAAAUGGAACUUAAACGUAUUCAAAUUCCCGUUAUUGACAAUACUGAAAAGAAAAAACAAUUGAUUGAUAAAAUUGAAGUAACAACAUUAACAAUUCUUAAACAAAUAUGUAAUUCGCAAAUCCCAAAAAUUUCAUAUCAACGCCGUAAUUCAGAAAUAAACUUGUCAAAGUCAACAUCAAUUGCCCUAAAUGAUUGUGAUGAUUGUCCUCUAUUAUUAGUAUCUUGUGAUGAAUCACCAAAUAGAACAUUUAGUGACAAUAUAGUAGAAAUAGAUUCGUUUGAUGAACUAACUAAUUUAACGAAAGAUUCAUCUUCACAGCAAACUGAAACAAUCGUUGAUUUUUCUACUAUAUCAGGUCGAAAACAAUUAACUCGUAUGAUGACAAUCUUAUCUAAGGCGCAUAAAUUACUUCUAAGUAAUAAAAUUCAGACUAAGCGUUCAUUGUACUACGAGUUGAAGUCUGAAGAAUCAACAUUAUUUGAAAAUGAAAGGGUGGUUGAUUAUCAAAUUAACAGUGUCGCUAAAUUAUUGGAAUGCUCGACAUGGGAUUUAGGAUUGAUUGCUACUUCUAAGGGUCUUGUGGCUGGAAAUUUAAAAUUGUUUUUCGAAAAUAAUGACACAAUCUUCUGUGAUGUUUUGGAAGGUUGUUUGGUUCCACAAUUGAUGUCGAGCAAUAUGGGCCAAUUGACUGCCAUUGAGACUACAGCUAAAUCAAUUAUUGUCGUUGAAAAAGAGGCCAUUUUUAAUAAGUUAAUGAGUGAAAAAUGCCCAGAAAAAUUGGAUUCUAUUUUAAUUACAGGUAAAGGUUAUCCGGAUACAGCCACAAGAAUUUUUGUUAAAACUCUUGUUGAUAAAUUAGAAUUACCUGUUUUUGUUCUUGUUGACUGUAAUCCUCAUGGGUUUGAAAUCAUGUGUACAUACAGAUAUGGAUCGUUGAAUUUAUGGUGGGAACGAAAAGAAUUAAAAUGCUUAAAAAUAAAAUGGAUUGGAAUUUAUCCAACAGAAAUACCAUUUUUUUUUCUAAAAAGAUUACCACUAACUGAUAACGAUUUAAAAAAAUUGGAUGCUCUUGAAAAACGUACGUAUUUGACUGAUGAUGAGAGAAAUGAAUUAAAAUUAAUGAGACACGGCAAAGUCGAAAUAGAGGCUGUCGCAACGAAUAAUUUUAUUUCCAUGGAUUAUCUUACAUCCGUUUAUAUACCAAUGAAAAUCCGACGAUUAACCCAUACAAAUUAAUUUUAAAUUUUAUUUUACUUUAUAGAUAUAUAUUUUGAUUAACUAUUUCUUACUUAAUGUUACUGAUUAUUAAUAAUUAAUUUUGAAAUACU